AUCUCAAAAUACGCCGUUCUUCCUUCCCAACAGGAGAAUACUCGGCGAAAGACACUGAUCUCGAUCAAAAGGAAGAUUUAACCGUAAAUUGAAUAAGAUAGUUAAGUGAUUUAAAACAUGGAUUUGGAAGAUGAAUAUGAUCAGCAGUAUAACGACGAUGAGGAGGAGGAGAUAACGCAGGAAGACGCGUGGGCGGUCAUAAGUGCAUACUUCGAAGAGAAAGGUCUGGUCAGGCAACAACUUGACUCCUUCGAUGAGUUCAUCCAGAAUACUAUGCAGGAGAUUGUCGACGAGUCUGCUGAUAUUGAGAUCCGACCCGAGUCUCAGCAUAACCCCGGUCAUCAGUCUGAUUUCGCUGAGACUAUCUACAAAAUCAAUUUCGGGCAAAUCUAUCUUAGUAAACCAAUGAUGACAGAGUCAGAUGGUGAAACUGCAACCUUGUUCCCAAAGGCUGCAAGGUUGAGGAAUCUUACAUACUCUGCUCCGCUGUAUGUGGAUGUGACAAAGAGAGUCAUCAAGAAAGGGCAUGAUGGUGAAGAGGUUACUGAAACUCAGGACUUCACUAAAGUUUUCAUUGGGAAGGUUCCUAUAAUGCUUAGAUCGAGUUACUGCACAUUGUAUCAAAAUUCAGAGAAAGAUCUGACUGAACUCGGGGAGUGUCCGUAUGAUCAAGGUGGCUAUUUCAUAAUUAAUGGGAGUGAAAAGGUUCUGAUUGCUCAGGAAAAGAUGAGCACUAAUCACGUCUAUGUCUUUAAAAAGAGGCAACCAAACAAGUAUGCAUAUGUAGCAGAAGUCCGGUCAAUGGCAGAAUCUCAGAACAGGCCACCCAGUACUAUGUUUGUUCGGAUGCUCUCACGAACUAGUGCAAAAGGGGGUUCUUCAGGGCAGUAUAUUCGAGCUACACUUCCAUAUAUCAGGACGGAAAUUCCUAUUAUAAUUGUUUUCCGAGCUUUAGGUUUUGUGGCAGACAAAGAUAUUCUCGAACAUAUUUGCUAUGAUUUUGACAAUACAGAAAUGAUGGAGCUGCUACGGCCCUCUUUGGAAGAAGCUUUUGUAAUUCAGAAUCAACAGGUCGCUCUGGAUUACAUUGGUAAAAGAGGGGCCACUGUAGGUGGUGUUUCAAAGGAGAAGAGAAUAAAGUAUGCUAAAGAUAUUCUUCAGAAAGAAAUGCUUCCUCAUGUUGGGGUUGGGGAAUAUUGUGAGACAAAGAAAGCGUUUUAUUUUGGCUACAUCAUCCACAGGCUUCUAUUGUGUGCACUUGGCCAAAGGGCCGAGGAUGAUAGGGAUCAUUAUGGAAACAAGAGAUUGGAUCUUGCCGGUCCUUUGCUCGGUGGUUUAUUCCGGAUGCUUUUCAGGAAGUUAACUCGGGAUGUUAGAUCUUAUGUUCAAAAGUGUGUUGACAAUGGAAAAGAUGUUAAUCUGCAAUUUGCAAUCAAAGCAAAAACCAUUACAAGUGGUCUCAAGUACUCACUUGCUACUGGAAACUGGGGACAAGCUAAUGCGGCAGGUACCAGAGCUGGUGUUUCUCAGGUGUUGAAUCGCUUGACAUAUGCCUCAACUUUGUCACACUUGAGAAGGUUGAACUCUCCCAUAGGCCGUGAAGGGAAACUAGCGAAGCCAAGGCAAUUGCACAAUUCUCAAUGGGGGAUGAUGUGUCCAGCAGAAACUCCAGAAGGACAAGCGUGCGGACUGGUGAAAAAUCUAGCACUGAUGGUGUAUAUAACCGUUGGAUCAGCAGCAUAUCCAAUUUUGGAGUUUUUGGAAGAAUGGGGCACUGAAAACUUUGAGGAAAUAUCUCCUGCUGUCAUUCCAAACUCUACAAAAAUAUUUGUCAAUGGCACAUGGAUUGGGAUUCACCGUGACCCUCAGAAGUUGGUGAGAACACUCAGACAAUUAAGGAGACGGGUUGAUGUAAAUACUGAGGUGGGAGUGGUCCGAGAUGUUGGUUUAAUGGAACUACGUAUUUACACUGACUAUGGCCGAUGCAGUCGUCCAUUGUUUAUUGUUGAGAACCAAAGGCUUCUCAUUAAGAAAAGAGACAUACAAGCAUUGCAAUUAAGGGAAAGUCCAGAAGAUGGUGGUUGGCAUGAUUUGGUGGCCAAGGGCUAUAUCGAGUACAUCGAUACUGAAGAGGAAGAAACAACUAUGAUAAGCAUGACAAUUAGGGAUCUUGUACAAGCAAGAAACAAUCCAGGGGAUGCUUACUCUCAAUAUACACAUUGUGAAAUCCACCCCUCACUAAUAUUGGGUGUUUGUGCGUCUAUUAUUCCAUUUCCUGACCACAACCAGUCUCCCCGUAACACUUAUCAGUCAGCUAUGGGUAAGCAGGCAAUGGGAAUUUAUGUGACCAAUUACCAAUUUCGCAUGGACACAUUGGCAUAUGUGCUGUAUUAUCCUCAAAAGCCACUUGUAAUUACUAAAGCGAUGGAACACUUGCACUUCAGGCAAUUACCUGCAGGCAUCAAUGCGAUUGUUGCCAUUGCCUGUUAUUCAGGAUACAACCAAGAAGAUUCCGUCAUCAUGAACCAGUCAUCCAUAGACCGUGGAUUCUUCCGGUCUUUAUUUUUUCGCUCUUAUCGAGAUGAAGAGAAAAAGAUGGGGACACUGGUGAAAGAGGAUUUCGGGCGCCCUGACAGAUCAAACACUAUGGGGAUGAGGCAUGGUUCCUAUGAUAAGUUGGAUGAUGACGGUUUGGCCCCACCUGGAACCCGAGUUUCUGGCGAGGAUGUGAUUAUAGGAAAAACUACGCCAAUAUCACCGGACGACGCCCAGGGGCAAGCCGCCCGUUACACAAAGCGUGAUCACAGUACCAGUUUACGCCACAGUGAGACUGGUAUGGUUGACCAGGUUUUGCUGACCACAAAUGCCGAUGGGUUAAGGUUUGUGAAGGUGAGAGUUAGAUCAGUCCGGAUACCUCAGAUUGGUGACAAGUUUAGCAGUAGGCACGGUCAGAAAGGAACGGUCGGAAUGACCUACACCCAAGAAGACAUGCCCUGGACUGCGGAAGGCAUCACUCCUGACAUUAUCGUCAAUCCACACGCUAUCCCUUCCCGUAUGACCAUCGGUCAGCUGAUUGAGUGUAUCAUGGGGAAAGUGGCAGCCCACAUGGGGAAAGAAGGAGACGCCACUCCCUUCACCGAUGUCAGUGUUGACAAGAUCAGCAAAACUCUCCACGAGUGUGGUUACCAGAUGCGUGGGUUUGAGACCAUGUAUAAUGGUCACACAGGGAGACGUCUUACGGCUAUGAUAUUCAUUGGGCCCACAUAUUAUCAGAGGCUAAAGCAUAUGGUUGAUGACAAGAUUCAUUCUCGGGGUAGGGGUCCAGUUCAGAUCCUCACAAGGCAGCCAGCUGAGGGCCGGUCUCGUGAUGGCGGGCUCCGAUUUGGGGAGAUGGAACGUGAUUGCAUGAUUGCGCAUGGCGCAGCUCAUUUUCUUAAGGAGAGAUUGUUUGACCAGAGCGAUGCAUAUCGGGUCCAUGUUUGUGAGCAUUGUGGGUUGAUCGCUAUAGCUAACCUCAAGAAGAGCUCUUUUGAGUGCCGGGGGUGCAAGAACAAGACUGAUAUUGUCCAGGUUCACAUUCCUUAUGCGUGCAAAUUGUUGUUUCAAGAGCUCAUGGCUAUGGCCAUUGCACCAAGAAUGCUUACUAAGGAUGUCAAGCAAGCAAAGAACCAAAAGAAGAAAUGAGCUUUGAUUAAUCAUUCAUAUUCCUCUGUUGAGGGAAAAGAAGUGCCACAAGGUUUCCUGCAGGACCUUUAACAAAAAAAUCUUCCUGCGGUGGUGAAAGAAGUGAUGAAGUCAAGAAAGCUGCCUUGAGCCUUUUAUUUUAUGGGUUUUAAUUGUAGUUCAUUCAUUCACGUCUUUAAGGAAACAACUGAUGUAUAAAGUUUAUAUAUUGCAUGGCAUAGACAGAUGGAUGUUUUACUUUUAUUUUCAUUUGUAUUAUUAUGUUUGCUGUUCUUACAAGAAAGGCUAUUUUGUCUUCCAACAUUAAAAUUGUCAAGGGCAUCCAACUUCAGUCUUAACGUAUACUCCUUCC